AACAGUGUUUUGUUUUUGAUUGAGCUAUUAUUAGGUAUUAUUGCAAAUAUCGACAUACGAUACAUCAACAUUUUAUUAUGUGUCCUACGAGAUCAACGGUGAAAUGCUUUGUGCCAAUGGCCAUCCUCAGUUUCCAUCUUUGUCUCUGCGACCUCCGCUAUUCCAUCCCGGAGGAGAUGCGACGAGGAUCUACCGUCGGAAAGAUUCAUCAGGAUUUAGGAACGGACUCGAAAACUCUGGCAUCUCGCAAACCUCGUUUGGAUUUUGAGAGCAGUAAACGAUACUGCGACAUCAACCCGCAAACCGGAGAGCUCAUUGUAAAUGAGAGGAUCGACCGGGAGGCUUUGUGCGGUCAAAAACCUUCCUGCGCCAUUCAUUUUGAUUUCUUCCUCGAGAACCCUUUAGAACUGCACCGAGUGACGUUGGAAAUACAGGACAUAAACGACAACGCUCCAAAAUUUAGAAAUGAAGCCAUUGAUUUGGAGAUUCACGAGUCUGCGGAUAAAGGCGCUCGCUUUUCUUUGGACGAAGCUUAUGAUCCGGAUUCUGGUGCUUACAGUGUGCAGAGCUACACCCUGUCUACCAAUGAACAUUUUGUUCUGUCCGUUCAAACGGCUGCUAAUCGCGGUAAAAUCCCUGAAAUUGUGUUGGAAAAAGAGCUCGACCGGGAGAAGCAGGACCGCGUAUCUCUGAUUUUGACUGCCUACGACGGAGGCUCUCCACAGAGGACUGGCACGGUGCGUGUGAACAUCCGCGUUUUAGAUGCAAACGACAAUGUCCCUGUUUUUUCGCAGCCUGUCUAUGAGGUGAGUCUCCCUGAAAACGUCCAGUUAGAGACCGUGGUAGUCAAAGUCAGUGCCAGUGAUGCAGACGAGGGAGCGAAUGGGGAUGUGACGUAUGAAUUUAGUUACCUAUCCAUCGACGCUGAAAACCUAUUUGCGAUUGAUCAGGAAACGGGUGAGAUUAAAGUUAAAGGAGAGAUCGAUUAUGAAGAGUCUUCCUCAUUUGAGCUCCGGAUAAGAGCUAAAGACGGAGCAGGGCAGGCAACAUCCUGCACAGUUCUUAUUAACGUUGUGGAUGUGAACGACAACGCUCCAGUGAUUAUAAUUAAAUCUUUGAACACACCUGUGCCCGAGAACCUGCCCUCUGGCUCAGAAAUUGGCAUCAUAUAUGUUCAAGAUAGAGACUCUGCAUCUAACGGUGAUAUUAGAUGUGUCAUAAAAAAGAAAACACCGUUGAAAUUAGUCCAAUCUGUCAAGAAUCACUUUUCACUGGUUACUACAACCGAGCUGGAUCGUGAGACACAGGCAGAGUACAACAUCUCCUUGACUGCGACGGACGGAGGUUCCCCGCCUCUCCAGUCUUCCAAAACUUUUCAGCUAAGUGUGGCCGACUGGAAUGACAACGCGCCUGUGUUUGAAAAACAGUUAUAUAGUGCUCACGUUGCAGAAACCAAUUCGCCUGGUAUGCCUCUUUUAUCAGUCACGGCACAAAACCCGGACUGGAGACAGAAUGGCACUGUAGUUUAUUCUCUGUUGCCCUCUGAUGUCAAUGGCGCACCGGUGUCCUCCUUUUUAUCCAUUAACGGAGACACCGGGGUCCUUCAUGCCGUGAGGUCGUUUGAUUACGAGCAGAUGAGAAGUUUCAAAGUGCUCGUGUUAGCCAGAGACAACGGGUCUCCUCCUCUGAGCAGUAACGUGACCGUGAGUGUCUUCAUAACGGAUGAGAAUGACAACUCCCCUCAGAUAUUAUACCCCUCUCCGGAAGGGAACUCCUUGAUGACCGAGAUGGUCCCCAAAGCUGCGCAGGCGGGCUCCCUGGUCUCCAAGGUGAUCGCCGUGGACGCGGAUUCUGGACAGAACGCGUGGCUCUCGUAUCACAUUAUUAAAGCGACUGAUCCGGGACUUUUCACUAUCGGUGUCCACAGCGGAGAGAUCAGGACGCAGCGGGACAUUUCUGAAUCUGACAGCAUGAAACAGAACCUGAUUGUCUCCGUGAGAGAUAACGGACAGUCCUCUCUCUCAGCCACGUGCGCAUUGUAUUUACUGAUAUCAGAUAACUUGGCUGAAGUUCCAGAACUGAAAGACAUGUCUCAUGACGAGAGCAGCUCCAAACUGACGUUUUAUUUGAUCAUCGCGCUGGUGUCCGUUUCCACUUUCUUCCUCACCUUCAUCAUCAUCAUCCUGGCCGUGAGGUUUUGUCGCAGGAGAAAGCCCAGACUGUUGUUUGAUGGAGCUGUAGCCAUUCCCAGCGCGUAUCUCCCUCCAAAUUACGCAGACGUGGAGGGCGCGGGAACUCUCCGCAGCACUUACAAUUAUGACGCAUAUCUGACCACGGGCUCGCGCACUAGUGACUUCAAGUUCAUCAGAUCUUAUAAUGAGGGCACGCUGACCUCUGACCUGACUCUGAAAAAGACUCCGUCCUCUGUGGAUGAUCUUGAAGGACUUGAAGCAGAAAUUGGUGAUUCGCUUCAGAGAAUGUGA